AUGGCCCCUCCAAUCAAACACAAAACUGCUGCCGCUAAGCUCAAAGCUUCAAGGGAAAAGUGUUCUCGGUACUAUGCCAGGUGCCACGAAUCGAUUCUUGCGAAAAGGAGGGAGAAAUACCACGCCGCCAAAAAGCAUCAAGAAGACGAAGACGGCAAAGACGGCAGCGAUGAUGAUCACGAGGAAUCAUUAGAGACAUUGGCCGAGUGCAUUGCAGUAGUCAAAUACGCCAAGGACGACUUCGUGCAAUAUAUUCAACGAUCUCCGCAAACAUUCACCAUAGGCGUCUUCGCCGAAUACACUAAAUCUAUCCCCGAUGCUCCUGGAAGCCAUGGAGACAGAGAAAUUUUCCAGCGUGCCAUAUCAAGCAUCGAGGAGUUCCUUGCCAGGGGUACUCAAGGCCAGGAUGGCAUCCUUCAAUUAUGCGGGGUCUGUGACGAGUGGCGCGCGCUGCAGACCAAGUCUGCCGGAGUAUGA